AUGGAGAGCACGAAAAACAUUUCACAUGAGUUUUUCAAAAAAUGUGAAGAAAUCGAGCUCGGCAAACUGGUGGCAGUUGAGAAUUUCAGUCUAAUUGAAGCAAUGUCGGUAAUCGAAUUAAUGGAUCCAAAAAUGGAUUCAGGAAUGGUCCGAAUGAAACAGCACACCAAUUUGGAAGAAUUAAUAGUCCAAGGAUUAUAUAAUGAUAACCUUCAACGACAAAUUGCCACUAUUGAUGCAACUUUUGCCUUAUUGGUUGCAUGGCUCGAAGGUGCUUCCUUGCCUACUACGGUUUGGACGAAUGUGCUCAUCGCCAACUCGGAAGAUGUCAGUCAUGACGUCUAUGGACCGUUUGCUCAAUCUUUCAUCCAUAUUAUCAAAAUUGUAACGCAUAUCAUUCAAAAUUCGUGUACUUUUGAAGAAGAGGAUUUCAAUUGCCAUGUGCCGUUCCAUGUUAUUACUAGCACUCCGCGCGAGGUGGCCGUUCGCCAAUUGCGUGAGGUGAUUGCAAAAUUGGCCAAAGAGAGCCAGACGAUUACGGCGACCGCCGGCGAGACCGAUCAAUCGAAACAUUUACUCGCGAUCGGCGCUCGUUUAGAAAUGUGCUGCUUGUUCAUUGAAGUGCUCACUUGGUUGGCGCCGUCGCCGAGAGACGACUCCGAAGCGAAGAAAAAGAAGAAGAAGGGAAAGAAGGGCAAAAGGGUUGAAGAUGAGGAAGAGGAAGAGUAUGAGGAGGAAGAUGUUGUCAUGUUCCAACCUCAAUUCCCUCAAGCGCAAGCUUCAUCGAAACGACUUGAGAAGGUGAGCUACGCGAUCGCGGAGACGGUGAACAUGGGACAAGCCGCGCCAGAUGGAGUUGACGGGAAUUUCGAUUGGCUUCUCGCCAUUGAGCCGGAUCUCAAUAGAGCACAUCUUCCGGUGACGUUCCCACGCAAAAUUGUGGUGCCGGAUAGAAAAACGGCGCUCAAUUAUAUCACCAAAUUGGCGAAAAGAAUUCAUCACAUCUGCGAGACAGUUCCAACAGCAACCAACGAUUUGACAUCGUUGUUCUAUUUUGCACGCAGCUUUAACCUCGACAAUAGCUGCGUCUUGACGCGGUCGCUGGUCCAAUUGGUGAUUUUCCCAGUCGAUGAGCACAUUUUUGGCGAUAUGAGCCGAACAAUGGCCGAACCAUUGACGAUAUCGCUUAGAGAUAAUUUUGCGCCGUUGGUCCUUCAAAAAGGAUCGCCGGCCUAUCAGGAUCCGAUAUGUGUGAAACUACUCGAAUAUUUCAUAUCAGCGAUGACGAAAGUUGCUCUCAACGUUUUUCAGCUGUUUGGAUGCAAUUUGGCGCGACAACGCGAUCGUCUCGUGACGGCGAUUUCGCAAAUGGGCAAUUGUCGGAUUCAGGCGAAUCAGAUUGAGAUCCGAACCGAGGAGCUCAUGAGGAAGCUCAAUUCAUGUGAGUUGUUCAAGUUUGUUGAUGCACCACAUCAUUCGUGCUCGACGUUCGUGUUCAACAAUCUCAUCGCACUCAUCACUCAUUAUUUCGAGCUCUCGCUUCGAAUGGACCUGUUCGUUCCGUAUGAGUUCACGUACAUUUAUUGGUAUAUGGGCGACAUAUUGGCGAGAUGGCAGAUCGGCACGAUGGAGAGAAGUCAGGAGAUGCAAAUGGCUGGUUGGAAGAAUAAUCCAUUGUCGAACUCAAGUAAUCGGCGUUCGAGAGAAAGGGCAAAGGGAGAAGAGGCGCUGAGGAAACGAUUGCAGGUCAAUCAGUAUCAAAUGAUACAACAAUACGGGAUAUGCCAGUUGUGCGAAGGAAUCGUCAAAUUGAGCAUCAUUUUGAUGCGAAUGGCCAAGAUCAAGGUGCCUGCAUGGUCGGUCGACUCGGAAAAAAUUCGAUAUGAAGCGAGAAUGGCGCCAUUUAAACCACUAGGAAGCCCGUUGUAUAUCAAUUAUGAGCAAUAUAAGAAUUUGUCAAGUGUUGAAGAACACUUUCGUUCACCGCCUGAGCCACUGAUGGAGCAGACAAUUGAGCAUUUUCAAUCGGCGAUAUUGCAUUUUGAGAAAAUUCUUGAUAAACCUGAAGUACAAGAGGAUAGCGCGACUUACUUGAAAGUGGCAAAAACUAAUUUGGUUGGUUCUCGUCUGAUGAGCAACCGCGAUGUGAGCAGCCGCAAAGUCGAAUGGAUAUUCCUUGAUGAAUGCCCAAUAUUUCCGAUUUUGAAGAUUUCCUAA